AAUGAGAAAGGUAGGUUGAGCGGUAGUAGUUCUGCACCUCAGCUAAUGAAUUCCACGAUGAAUGCGAAGCCCCACUUCCCAUACACACACCACCAAUCUAAAAACACGUCUCUUUCUUCAGUUGUUUCUCACACUACCAGUAGAAUUUUACUUACAUGCUAGUAUUUUUUUUCCAAACCCUUGUGGUCGAGAAAUUAACCAUGGCUUCCAAUGGCAAGAUUGAAGCAGAUUUGGAGGUGAAGUCCUCAACCAACAAAAUUUGGGAUAUUAUCCUGGAUUCGGCUACCAUGUUCCCGAAAAUCUUCACAGAACAAUACAAGAGCAUUGAAGUUCUUGAAGGAGAUGGCAAAAGUGUGGGUUCUAUCAAGCUCAUUAAGUACCAAGAAGGAGUCCCAAAUGUUACAUUUUCCAAGGAGAAAGUUGAAACUGUGGAUGAGACCAACAAAUCACUCACCUACAGUGUUAUUGAAGGAGAACUGUUGAACUACUAUAAGAAUUUCAAGGUUAAUGUGAUUGUGAGUGCAAAAGGUGAUGGGAGUUUAGUGAAGUUGAGUUGUGAAUUUGAGAAGGCAAGCGAAGAAAUUCCUGACCCAAGUAAUAUCAAAGAUUUUGCUGUCAAGAGUUUCCAAGAUUUGGAUGCCUACAUUCUUACCAAGGCAUAAGAGUGAGUGAAAGCGAUAGAGAGGAUCCCCAUUAUGGUGGUAGAUCCCUUACCUAAUAGCUAAUGUAAUAAUCCUUGGCUUUAAAUAAAAUUGCAGUUGAAUAAA